AGCCUUACCAAAUUUUCCAUGCCACUGCAGACUAUCCAAGCAGAUGUUUAUGGCUUGUGCACGUGCAGUUGAUUCAAAAAAUGGUUAGAUUCAAGAACCGGUAUUUUACUACAGAGAUCACACCCCUGGAUGAUGGACAUACUGCGCAACCUCUAAAUUUAAAAACGUACGAUAUCCUGAAAUCGGUUCUUGCUGCAACUGAACAAAUACAUGGAGAGUUUGGGGCUGCAGCAAUUAAGAAUGGAUUAGAGGUCAAAUAUUCCAAUGAAAGUACCCAAAUAGCAAUAAUCCGAUGUAGACAUGGCCCACAUAGGCUUUUAGCCUCAUCUCUUCCUUUCUUGUCCAGUAUUGGAAAAAGGAAAGUUCAGCUUCAAAGUAUGUAUACAGGGGCAACUUUGGUAAAAUGCUAUAAAUUCUUAAAGAAAUUUCAUCAGGAAAAAAUUAAUGAAGCUUUGAAAACGUGCAGAACAGAACAAGAAAAAAAGAAAGUUUUGGAAAUUAUGUCCAAGACAAAGUAUGGAUUGUGAAACUUCUGAAAAUGGCCAAUACACUUUAUUUUCAAUUA